UUUCCACUUCCGCUUGCAACAUUUUUAGUUUUCCAAACAUAUUUUCUCGAAAAUGUUAGAUUUAUUCACCAUAUUUAGUAAAGGAGGCAUCGUUCUAUGGUGUUUUCAGGGGACAAGCCAAUUAUUUACCCCCUCGGUGAACGCCCUCAUCAAAACUGUGAUAUUACAGGAAAGAGGGGGCAAUAACAGUUUCAGCCAUGAUGCUUUAACUCUAAAAUACAAGCUCGAUAACGAGUUUGAGCUCACCUUUGUGGUUGCCUACCAAAAGAUCUUACAGCUGUCAUAUGUUGAUAAGUUUCUAAAUGACAUCCAGAUUGAGUUCCGCAAUCGCUACAAGGAUGACCUUCAGGUUGGUCGGUAUAAUCGUAGUUUUGACUUCACAGAGACUUUUAUGUCCAUGUUGAAAUCUGCUGAGGAGGCUAGCAGAGCUGCAGCUCAAAAACCAAGAAAAAUGAAGACUUUUGAACAGUCUGACAAAUCUCGUAAAACAGUAGCGUCAAUGAUUGAGAACAAGAAAGAGACGCCGAAACAGAUCAAGGCGAAGGAAGCUGCCCUGAAGAAAGCAGCGAAGGAGAAUGUAUCUCCCAAUGUAUCUCCCCCCUCCUCUCCAGGGGGAGGUAGCCUUGAUGAGUCCACCAGGCUGGCUAACAUUGAGAGGUUGAAGAACAGAGGCAAGAAGAAGGAGAAAGCAAAAGAUGAUUCAUCCUCCAAUGACAAGAAGAAGAAGGGAAAGGAAAGUCGUAUGUGGGAUGUCCGCUACGGAGGCAACACUAACAAUAAGAGUGCCAAAGACCUGGACUUUAGUAGCAGCAGUGGAGGAGAUUCUGUUACCAAUGGACACCAGGAUAAUGGAGCUGUAGUGGAGCAGCAAGAGUUAUCAUGGGUGGGGCAGAUGAAAGGAGGACUCAAAGACAUGGAACCAGAAAGCAGUUCGGAAGAUGAGGAAGAGGAAGUUGCAUCCACAUCUAAUACAACGAAAAGCCAGCAGUCCUCUGGAUUUGGAAUGUUUAAUGUGUUCAAGAAUCUUGUGAGUGCCAAGACCCUGACCCAUGAUGACAUUCAGCCAAUUAUGGAGAAAAUGAAGGACCAUCUCAUUGCCAAGAAUGUUGCGGCAGAUAUUGCCCAGAAGUUGUGUGAUUCUGUGGCAAGUAAACUAGAGGGUAAAGUGUUGGGCACAUUUAGCGGAGUCACAUCUACUGUAAAGACCGCUCUUCAGGAGGCUUGUAUUCAGCUUUUGUCACCACGUCGUCGUGUAGACAUCUUACGUGAUGCCAUGGAGGCAAAGCAGCAAAGGCGGCCUUACGUCAUCACAUUCUGUGGUGUCAAUGGAGUCGGAAAGUCAACCAACCUGGCAAAAGUGUGCUUCUGGCUAGUUGAGAAUGGAUUCCGCGUGUUAAUUGCUGCGUGUGAUACAUUCAGAGCAGGGGCCGUUGAACAGUUGCGUACACAUACUAGAAAACUGAAUGCGCUCCACCCCCCUGAGAGUCACAAUGGACAGCAGGCUGUGCAGCUGUACGAGAAAGGCUAUGGGAAAGAUGCUGCCGGAAUUGCAAUGGAAGCUAUCAACUGUGCUCGAGACACUCGUAUAGAUGUUGUACUGAUAGAUACGGCUGGCCGAAUGCAGGACAAUGAACCUCUUAUGAGAGCCCUGGCAAAGUUGAUCAAAGUGAACACACCAGAUCUGGUUCUAUUUGUUGGAGAGGCACUGGUUGGUAACGAGGCUGUGGAUCAGCUGACCAAGUUUAACCAGGCAUUGGCCGAUCACUCCAACAUGGAGAACCCCAGAAUCAUUGACGGCAUCCUACUGACCAAGUUUGAUACAAUUGAUGACAAGGUAGGAGCAGCCAUCUCAAUGACCUACAUAACUGGCCAGCCCAUAGUGUUUGUAGGAACAGGACAGACAUACACUGACCUGAAGAACCUAAAUGCCAAGGCUGUUGUCCACUCUCUAUUGAAGUCAUAAUAUAUUUAAUGUAUAAAGAGUUUCAAGGCUCUGAAAAAACAUUUGAUGAACAUGUUAAGUAAAGCAAGUGAGGGUGCAUAUCUUUGAUAGUUUCUUGUUAUGAUCAUUACUUUGGUUGCCAUGGAAACUCAUUUUGACAUCAGAUCAUGUCACAAUAGAAGACCAAUAGACCAAUCAGAAGUCAGUUAUAUGAAAACUUGUUUAUGAUAACCAUAUUUCCCAAAAGAUUAAUGUGUAUUUAUUGUUAUUUUUAUAAAAAGUCAUAUAUUUGGGAAAUUAAAAUCUGGAGAAACUGUGGUAAUUUUGCAGAAGAUAAAGUGUACGGAAGAGAAGAUUUUAUUACUCUUCACAGAAAUAUAAAUUUAAUUUUAGAAUCACCAAGAAAAUAUUGUAAUGUACGAGUAUCAGUAUACAUGUUAAAUACUAUUAUGUGUUGUUAGUUUUUUAUUAGCCCUGCAAGGCAGGUAUAAAAGUAAAACAAGAGCAAUCAUAUACAUUCUUCACUGUCUCUAGUAAAUGAAGUGAAAUGCAUCAUGGGAAUGAACCUCGUCUGUUACUUGAUAUAACUACAUAUAUGGACAACCUCUGUGGUUUUCACAGUCAAAAAUGUACAGUAUUUUUGGAAUACGGGUUUGUUUUAAAAUUAGUACUUGUACAUACAAUAAUGAUAUAAUUGUAAUUUACAGUACAUACAAUUUGGUGGCAGAUUUUCCUUUUAGUAGGUUGUGGAAAUUUCAAAAUUUAUUUCUCAUUAUUUGAAAUAUGUUAUUCAAACUGAGAAAAUUGAUGCAAUACAAUAAAUGUAUAUUUACAAAUGCUUAGUCAAUGGUAUCAGGGCUUAAAAAAGUUUAAAAGUUGGUAGAUUAAGAAGUUUGGAGUCUGUUCUGUGAUUAAAUAGUUUCAUGAAUGACGCACAUUACUGUUGUGCAGAAUUGCCAACCCACAAAUUAGAAAAUGAUUUUAUAUGUUAUAUAUUCAGUCAUCAAAAUGUGUAUAUCUUUUCUAAUUUGUGGGUUGCAUAAUUUUAGUCUAUUGUAAAACAAAGUUUACAUAUUAACCCAGAUCAUUUAGGUGAAAAGUAGUCUCUUACUGUAAUGUUUAUUUAUAUUUUUGUACAAAAGAGUUUCACGUUUUAUUUGUUGAUUAAAUGUCAUCAGUAAAAAAUUAAGAUAUAAAAAAACAUGUAUACCCAAAAAUGUAAGUUUAAGCAAAAAAAAAGUUUAAGCAGUAAAAAUAUAUCACAGAAAGUUACAUUAGUUACGGACGAGCAUCAAUUCAGAUUUUUGUUUUUAAUCACUUCAUUAAACAAUGUUAAACUGUUAAAAAUUGACAAAUAAAGAAGAAAAUGAGGACAAGAAAACAUGAAGUAUAUUGGAACACCCAAGAUAUAUGUAUUUAUGUAUUGAAAUUUUGAUUCAGAAAUAAAGAUAUAAAAUAUA